CUGAAAACCGGACAACCAACCGGAAUCACGCGCCGUCUGCUUUGCACUUUGUGACAGCCAAACAACACUGUCUUGCAUUCAUGUCUACUUUAGCAAAAGCAAUGGCUAAGUUCCGUCUGGCUGUGGUGCAGCUACAGGUGACGAGCGUCAAGGCGGACAACCUGAGCCGGGCCCGGAGGCUGGUCCAAGAGGCGGCAGGACAGGGCAGCAAAGUGGUGCUGCUGCCGGAAUGCUUCAAUUCUCCGUAUGGAACCGGCUUCUUCUCUACGUAUGCUGAGAGGAUCCCAGGAGAAUCCACCCAGGUGUUGUCAGAGGCAGCAAAGGAGAAUAAAGUGUAUCUAGUGGGAGGAUCCAUCCCUGAGGAGGACGGUGGGAAGUUGUAUAACAGCUGUACAGUGUUCGGGCCUGAUGGAGAGCUGAUUCUGAAGCACAGGAAGAUUCACCUCUUUGACAUCGACGUUCCCGGGAAAAUCCGCUUCCAAGAGUCGGAGACGCUGAGCCCAGGCAACAGUCUGUCAGUGUUUGAAACACCGUUCUGUAAAGUGGGUGUGGGGAUUUGCUACGAUAUGAGGUUUGCAGAGCUCGCACAGCUCUACAGCAGGAAAGGCUGUCAGCUGCUGGUUUACCCCGGAGCCUUCAACAUGACCACUGGUCCGGCCCACUGGGAGCUGCUGCAGAGGGGGAGGGCGAUUGAUAACCAAGUAUACGUGGCCACAGCAUCACCUGCCAGAGAUGAAACUGCCUCUUAUGUGGCCUGGGGUCACAGCACUGUUGUAAACCCAUGGGGUGAAGUUAUCUCCAAGGCUGGAGCAGAGGAGGCCAUUAUUUACGCUGAUAUUGACUUGCAGUACUUAGCCGACAUCCGGCAGCAGAUUCCGAUCACAGUUCAGCGUCGGGACGACCUCUACACGGUGACGUCUGUGCAGGGAGGAUCAAGCUGAACUCUGUUUACUGAGAGAGAGACGAGGUGUCGAUACGAACACGUCAGAACAUCCUUCUGAUACGACGUCGUCUUCUCUUCCUGCACCAGAAGCACCAGACUCUUAAUUGUGGAAACGAGAGUCAGAAGUCACUAAAUGACUGAUGCCAACAUGCAUGGAGCACUAACUGCUCACUUCAUGCGGAGAAUGGAACAGUGAUUGCAUCUGUGUAAUGUCUGGUGCUGAAACGAUUAGUCGAUCAAUAGAAAAUUGCAGACAGUUUUGGUGAAGAAUGAACUGUUUAGUCAUUUCUGGUUACAGCUUGUCUAAUGUGAAAAUGUACGUUUUAUUUAGUCUGUUUCAGAUUAUUGGUAAAUGAACCUUUGCUUUGCCAAAAAAAGAUGCUAAUAUCAAAAAAGCAAAACUGUUCUUAUUGAAAUCAUAUUCAUUGCAGUAAAGACUAAUAAUUAUUUUGUCUUUUUUUGGUCUGUCAUCCAUUUUUUUUAUCUCAUUGAAGAUUUAAUUUAUUUCAAAUAUUCAAAAAAAUUCUAUCCAUCUAUGUCACAUUUUCUGUCCUGAUGGAAAAACUCUAACAGAUCUGCACAAAGUGAAAUAAAACAGAAAGUGAAAUAAAACAGUUGCAAGACUUG